CGCAUGCACUACGCACUUCUCUAACCAGCCCACGCCGUGUCGAAGAUGAUUAAUAUAUAGCUGAUCCCUCCUCGAACCUCGAACCUCGAACCUCGAAUCCUCACUCGUUCACAUCGAAGCCGCGUCUCAAUGUCUACCGGUACCUCGCAGCCUCCUCUCAAGUUCACCGGCCAUAAGUCCCUUGUCCAACGGCUUGUCCUUUCAACACUCACUGGGCGUCCUAUACGCGUUUCGAACAUUCGAUCUUCGUCACACACCUCUCCCGGUCUCGCAUAUCACGAAACCAAUUUUAUACGUCUACUUGAUUCUGUAACCAAUGGCUCGGUAAUAGAUUUCUCAUAUACUGGCUCCACAAUAGUCUACCGUCCGGGCUUGAUUACUGGCAGCGCGAAGGGUUACGGCGCAAGUGGAGAGGGCGUCAUUCGCCAUGAGAUCGAGAAAGAUUGUGUAAGGGGUAUCAGCUAUUUCCUUGUGCCCCUUUGUAUGCUUGCGCCAUUUGCAAAGGCACCCGUCAAUGUGCUGUUCACUGGUUCCGGUGUGAUCACUAGUUCGACAGAGGCUGGAGAUAUCAGUGUCGAUACUGUGCGGACAGCAAUAUUACCGUUAUACGCACACUUCGGCAUACAAAACAAAAUCGAGCUCAGAAUACUGAAGAGGUCGUGUGCUGGUCCGGGCGGAAAGGGAGGUGGUGGUGAGGUUCAGCUAGUGUUCGGUCACCAAGUCCGAUUACCCAAAACGAUACAUAUCCUCAACCCUGGCAGAGUGAAAAAGGUUCAGGGCGUGGCAUCCGCAGUCGGUGUACAUCGUUCCAACAACGAACGAAUGAUCCGAGCUGUACGCGAAUCUAGGGGACCAAUGGUGCCCGACACUUAUAUAUACUCUGACGUGUCUCCGGCACCGACAGUCACAAAUGGCGACAAAUCGAAUCCGAAUUCUGGAAGAAAACUCGGAAAGGGGUUUGGGAUCUCACUGGUUGCAGAGACCAACAAUGGCACAUUAUAUUCAGCAGACAUGGCAUCGCCGCCCGGUGGAGAGGUGCCGGCGGAAGAGAUUGGGAAGAGAUGUGCCUUACAGCUACUGGAGUCGAUAGCGCAAGGCGGAUGUAUAUCCAACAUUGGAGCACCGACCGCACUUACCUUGAUGGCAAUGGGAUCGGAAGAUGUGGGAAGGUUGGAGUUGGGGCGGGAUGUAUUUGCGUCGGAACCAAUAUUGAGUUUGGCACGAGAUCUACGGACGUUUGGCGCGAGUCAAUGGGCAGCAAGAGAUAGCAAUGCGACUGAAGAGCAUAGACAGGGCAACAUCGUAGUCAGUGUGAUUGGCAGAGGCAUAGGCAAUGUCGGCAGGAAGAUAGCUUAA